CCAAUAAAAAAUGGUUCUUUCUUUUGUUCCCCUAACUUUUUUUCUUUCGGGGUUUUUUCCUUGUUCCAUCCCUUCAGUUGUGGUAUAAAUUGAGAAGGUUGUGUAGUGUUUGAGAUGUCCAAGCUUGUUUGUUGGCAUCUCCACGUUCGAACCCAUCCCUCCCCGUUAGCCCUCCCUCUGCUGCUCUCUAGGUCUCCAUGGCCCCCGUGAUGGAGCAACCGGCAGUGAGGGCUAAUGGGGUGGGCAGCAAAGGCUUGCAGGCGAUCCUGAGCUCACCAGGAGUCAGGGGCAGGAAGGUCACCAGCCUUGGCGCCACCAACAAGGCUACCAACCAGCCGCUGCUGGACCUCAUCCAGUCCAUUGCCAUGAAGCAGGAGCAGAAGGACCCCUUCUACGUGCUGGACAUGGGCGUCGUCCUCGGCCUGUGGGAGAAAUGGAACGAGUCGCUCCCCAUGGUCAAGCCCUUCUACGCCGUCAAGUGCAACCCGGAGCCGGCGCUGCUCAGCGGCCUCGCCGCCCUCGGAGCCAACUUCGACUGCGCCAGUCGGGCCGAGAUCGAAGCCGUUCUCGCCCUCGGCGUCUCCGCAGACCGCAUCGUCUACGCCAACCCCUGCAAGUCCGAGUCCCACAUCCGGUACGCGGCCGGCGUGGGCGUCAACCUUACCACCUAUGAUUCCAAGGAAGAGGUGGAAAAGCUGAGGAAGUUGCACCCGAGGUGCGGCCUCCUCCUGCGGAUUAAGGGCCCCGACGACGGCGAGGCGCGGUGCCCGCUCGGCCCAAAGUACGGCGCCCUCCCGGAGGAGGUGGUGCCACUCCUCCAGGCCGCACACGCCGCCUGCCUGCCGGUCGUCGGGGUCUCAUUCCACGUGGGGAGCGGCGCAACGCAGUCCCGGGCGUACUCCGCGGCGAUUGCCUUCGCCCGGUCGGUCUUCGACACGGCUGAACGGCUCGGCCUCCCGCGCAUGCGGGUGCUGAACAUCGGUGGUGGCUUCACGUUCGGCCCGCAGUUCGCCGAGGCCUCGGCGACAAUCCGGGCGGCCCUUAAGACGCACUUUCCGGCGGAGUCCGGUGUGACGUUCAUAUCCGAGCCAGGCCGGUUCUUCGCCGAGACGGCGUUCACGCUGGCGACGAACAUCAUCGGGAAGAGGGUGAGGGGCGAACUGAGGGAGUACUGGAUCAACGACGGGAUCUAUGGGUCGAUGAACUGCCUGCUCUACGACCACGCGACGAUCACGGCGCAGCCGCUGGCCUGUUGGUCGAACCGGGUGAAUCCGACGUGCGCCGGGAUGGGGCAGUAUACGUCGACUGUGUUUGGGCCGACAUGCGACGCGCUGGACACGGUGCUGUCCGGAGUCCGGCUGCCGGAGCUGUACGUGAACGACUGGGUGGUGUUCCCCAACAUGGGGGCCUACACGGCAGCAGCAGGGUCCAGCUUCAAUGGGUUCAACACGGCGGCCAUCCCCACCCACGUCGCCUACUCUCUCCCGCCGCCAUGAUCUCCGGCCGAAGUUUGAACCUUAACUAAGGUAGGGGCCGCUAGGCGACCACACAGCACAAUAAGGUAGUUGUUUGGUGGGUGGCUUUUGUUAGGAUUUUCUUCCUUCUUUCUUUUCAGUUACCAUGUGAAAGGCCGCCUUUGAUAGUCCAAAAUGCAAAAAAAAAAAGGAGCAUUUUACGGUACCUGUAAUAUUUGUUUAUUUAUGUAAAAAUUUCACUUCGUUCAUUAGAAUCGUCAUAUUAAGGGCUC